UCCCAGCAACAAUUUCAUCCUGUGAGCUCCUAAAUGCUUCAGCUGUCCAAUUCACCUGGGAGAGAUACAUCUGAACUUUGAAUGAGAAACUCUACAAAAUUAUGCCAUAAGUCGGUCUCACAGGGCGAAUAUCCUAUUCAACUUACUGGAAAUCAAUUGCAAAUGAGUGGCACCUGGACUACAUGACCAUCCAAAUGAACUGGACUCUCAGGGAGAACAUUUGUGCCACAACUGAGGAGUGUUGGGGCUCUCGUGGUGGAGAUGCCUCAAAUGCGCCCCUUAACUUCCCUCAGAUUUGUCCACUCCAGCUGCAGUAUGGUGACAAACUGUUACUGGCCACAGAUGAGAUGCUGACUUUAUAUGGUGUCAGAAUUCUCAACGUCUCUCAGGAAAAUUUUGAAAGUUGUUCAACAAACAGACUAAGAAGCGACCAGUUUGUUUUCCCUCAGAACAUGAAUGGAAGCAAAGAAGUGGAUGCUAAGUGGCUUGGGCCGGGCCACCACUAUUUAAUUGCUCUGCACAACGACGACACUCAGCUGUGUAAGCACGGCUUAAGGCUCAACGUACUGGUCAAGACACAACUUUGUCAGGCUUCUCCGAGGCUUUCACUAUGUUCUGGAAAGGGUCUUUGUCGAUCGGACGGUUGGGAAGGGACAUAUUCGUGUCUAUGUCACCACGGGUACUCUGGGAGGUUUUGCGAAACAUUUGACGCUUGCUUUGACAGUCCUUGUAAAAACAAAGGGGUGUGUUUGAGCAACAGUUCUGCAGAACCGAACAACACCAUGUUCACGUGUCUGUGCCCUCCACAUUUUUCAGGAACAACCUGCUCUGAAAUUAUUGGAAAGGAAAACUGUGACAGAAUGUGUACAAACGGUACAUGUGUUCAAGUGUCAUCUAUCGCCUUCUCAUGCGUCUGUAGAGCAGAAUUUUCAGACACACCUUGUGAGAGAAAAUCUACUUGUGAUCCAAAUCCAUGCGGAAAUGGAGGUGUUUGUGAGAUGACUCCCAAAGGUCUGGUCUGUCAUUGUCCUGCAAACUUCAGUGGCUUCUACUGCGACUCUGCAUUCACGGUGGAUUGCACGUCAGACAUAUGUCAGCAAGAACAAAUUUGUGGAGCAGGAGAACAUGCCUCUGAAUGUGUGUGUGCAGAUGGUAAAGUAGUCCCAGCAUGUAAAAGAAGACGGCAGAACGUGUGCAGCCCAUCACCAUGCCUCAAUAAUGCCACCUGUGUGUCCAGAGGCCACGAUUAUGUGUGCAGAUGUCUGCGUGGCUUUUCAGGGAAGAACUGUGAAGAAGUAAAUGACUACUGCCUUGUGCUCAAUAUCAACUGUCUAAAUGAGGGAUUGUGUUUGAGUGUAAUUGCCGGAUAUCAGUGUAUCUGUAAACCUGGAUGGACGGGAGAGUUUUGUCAGUACGUAAGCGAUGCAUGCCUUGUAAAAACCAACAGCUGCUUGAAUGGAGCCACGUGUAUUACAACAAGCCAGGUGACGUCCCCUCCACAGUACAUGUGCAAAUGUCCAGAUGGAUUUGCAGGAACACACUGUGAAACGGAUAUCAACGAGUGUCACUCCAACCCCUGCCGGCACAAUGGCACAUGCUUUGACUUGGUGGGAUAUUAUGAAUGCCAGUGUCCCACAGGUUUCCUUGGCAAGAAUUGUGAAAUAGACAUAGACGCUUGUGCCCUUAACUACACAUGUCCACCCAAGACUCAGUGUUUGGAUCUUUCUGAUGGACUUAAUUAUACUUGCCGUGUGCCCUGCCCUUCAAACCUUCAGCCAUGUGCCAAUGGAGGGCGCUGUGUGUUGAACAGUGGUAACAGCUAUUCGUGUAUCUGUAGCCCUGGCUGGUCAGGUCAUAACUGUCGCACAAAUGUCAAUGAUUGCGUUCAACAUUGGUGUCAAAACGGCGCCACCUGUGUGGAUGAAAUUGAUGGCUAUAGCUGCCUAUGCCCCACAGGAUUUGAGGGUUCCUUUUGUGAAGAGGAUAUUGAUUACUGUGGGGACCAUGAUUGCAGUGAACAUGGGGUUUGUGUGGAUCAGGUGUUGAACUUCACCUGCCGUUGCAGUCUUGGAUAUGAAGGGCCCCUGUGCGAAAAGGAAACAAAUGAAUGCAAUAUCUUCCCUUGUCUAAAUGGGGCCACGUGUGAGGAUCUCGUUGGUGAUUAUCGAUGCCACUGUUACUCAGGGUUUGAGGGGAGGAGAUGCGAUGAAAAUGUGAAUGAUUGCUGGUCACAGCCUUGUCUCCAUGGUGGCCUAUGUAUGGAUCUAAUAAAUGACUACAUUUGUCAUUGUCCUCUUGGAUUCAAGGGUAAAGACUGCUCCAUUGAUAUCGACCUUUGCAUUUUAGGAAUGUGCACUGAACAUACUAUAAUGUGCACAGAAACAGAGGAUGGGCAAAAUGUAUCUUGUGUAUGUGAAAAAGGUUUUGGAGGACCUUUUUGUGAAGUCAAUCUCAACGAGUGUGAGUCAAAGCCCUGUCUGAAUAAUGGAGUUUGCGUGGAUGGCACUGACCUGUAUCACUGCUUUUGCUCAGAGGGGUUUGCAGGAUUGAACUGUGAAAUCAAUCAUGAUGAAUGUGACCAUGGAUACUGCACCAAUAAUUCCACAUGUAUUGACUUGGUUGGAGACUAUGAGUGCAUAUGUCUGAUGGGCUUUGCUGGUAAAAAUUGCUCAGUUGCUCUCUCAGAAUGUACCGAUGAUGAUGACUACUGCAAAAAUGGAGCAACGUGUUUGAACGACAUCACCGGAGAAUUACAUUGCAUUUGCCCACCAGGAUACUUUGGGAGUGACUGCUCUUCAUCUGUAAACCAAUGUGUGUCCAAUGAUUGUGACCCUGACGGGACUCUCCACUGUGAAGGUCUUGCAAAUAGCUACAUGUGUGUUUGUCAACAUGGCUACACCGGUCCACGCUGUGAAACACUCAUUGACCACUGUGUGGAUGGCCUGUGUCAACACGGAACGUGCUUUGAUCUUUGGAGUAGCUUCAAGUGUGAUUGUUUACCAGGUUCAACUGGUCGUUAUUGUGAGCUGAACAUAAAUAAUUGCGAGGGAAAUCCAUGUGGUGUCUUAAGUGUUUGUGAGGACACUCUUGAUAGCUACAUUUGCUUCUGUGCACCUGGAUUUAUUGGAAAUUACUGUGAGAUUGAAGUAAAUGAAUGUCUCAGCCAGCCUUGUAAAAAUGGCGGCUCCUGCGUUGAUGGUGUCUCUUCUUUCAGCUGCCUUUGCCCAGUGGGAUUCAGAGGCAGCUUCUGUGAAAUCAGCGCCAACGAGUGCACGUCAUCACCCUGCCUGCACAAUGCCACUUGUGUUAACCUUGCUCGUGGCUAUGGAUGUGUGUGUGCAUCUGGUUUUACAGGAAGCCGAUGUGAACUUCACAUUGAUGAGUGUGCUUCAUCACCCUGUAAGAAUGGAGCCACAUGCAUUGACCAGCCUGGUAAUUACUUUUGCCAAUGUCUGGCCCCACUUAAAGGUCGAAAUUGUGACUUGUUACCCUGUGAGGCCGGUAAUCCCUGUGAGAAUGGAGCCUUGUGUGUGGAAGAGCUGGAUGAAGACCAUUACCCUUUGGGCUUCCGGUGCCGCUGCCGCCGAGGAUUCAGGGGCCCCCACUGUGAAAUCAAUGUGGAUGAGUGCAGGUCCAAUCCAUGUGUCAAUGGAUUUUGCUAUGAUGUUGUAGAUGGCUUUUAUUGCCUCUGCAGUCCUGGUUAUGCUGGCCUGCGAUGUGAGAAAGACAUUGAUGACUGUGUAAACAAUCUGUGUAGUAGGAACUCAAUAUGUAAGGACCUCCAUCUGAGUUAUGAGUGUGUCUGUCACACUGGUUGGGAGGGAGAGUACUGCCUGCAAGAAAUAGAUGAAUGCUUGUCACAGCCCUGUAAAAACAACGCCACUUGCACUGCACUCAAUGGCUACAAGUGUAUGUGCUCACCAGGCUGGACGGGUGAUGACUGUGCUAUAGAAGUGAAUGUGUGUGAAUCUGAACCUUGUCCAAAUGGAGCUCGGUGUCAGGAGUCACAUGUACCUGGGGAUUUCUGCUGCACCUGCCCCCCCUUUCUCACUGGCCCAUUGUGCAAUCAUCCUUAUGACCCAUGUGAUGCCCUCCACAAUUCCUGCUUGCACAACUCCACCUGCCUGACACGCUCUGAUGGAACGGCAUUCUGCACAUGCCCAGCUGGAUUUGAAGGAAACCAGUGUGAAACUGACACCAAUGAGUGCAGCUCUAAUCCUUGUGGAGACCAUGGCAAGUGCAAGGACUGGGUCAACGGGUACAGCUGUGUUUGUGAACUGGGAUUUUCCGGUCUUCACUGCGAGCAGGACAUCAACGAGUGCUCCUCAGAGCCUUGUCUCAACGGUGGCACUUGUCAAGACCGAGUGAACAAGUUUGACUGCAAUUGUCCUCCUGGUUAUUUUGGACCAUUGUGUGACCUAAGUGGGGAAGAGUGUCGACUCUCACCUUGCAUACAACAGGGGACCUGUACCAACAAGUCAGGGGGUUUUGAGUGUGUCUGUCGCCCAGGAUACUCAGGAGCAUGGUGUGAAGUUAACAUUGAUGAGUGCAUUUCAAAGCCGUGCCAAAAUGGUGGGAGAUGUAUUGACGAAGCCAAUCAAUAUCACUGUGUGUGCCCCGACGGCUUUUCUGGCCCCGACUGUGAGACCAACAUUGAUGAAUGCUUGUCGGCACCUUGUUUUCAAGGGAGCUGUCAUGAUGGAAUCUCUUCCUACACGUGUCUCUGUGAGGCGGGAUGGAGCGGCACCAGAUGUGAAACAAACACUGAUGACUGUGCUACCAGAUUGUGUUUGCAUGGAGGAUCGUGCCUGAAUCUAACUGAUAAAUACUUAUGCACUUGUCAGGAUGGUUACACAGGAAAAUUCUGCGAGUAUGACAUUGAUGCAUGCAAAGAAUUUGGCCGCUUUUGUUCGAAUGAAGCUACAUGCAUUGAUGACAUUGGAUUGAACUUUACUUGCAGCUGUCCAGCAGGUUUCAUGGGGGAUUUAUGUGAAGUGGAAGUUAACGAAUGUGGCUCAUCUCCCUGCCACAACGGUGCCAUUUGCCAAGAUCUUAUUAAUAGCUACGUCUGCCACUGUGGGUCAGGUUGGACAGGCCUUCACUGUGAGGAUGACAUUAAUGAGUGCCUUCCACAGCCCUGCAACCAGGGGAUAUGCGUUCAGCGUGAUCCAGGCUACGGCUACACCUGUUUCUGUCGUCCUGGAUUUGUGGGGAAAAACUGUGAGCACAACUAUGAUGAUUGCCUUUUAAAUCCAUGUCCAGAAGCAUAUUCCUGUGUAGAUGGCAUCAACAAGGUCACCUGCCUCCCUCAUGCAACGGAUGCUGUUCCCUUGGAGACUGUACUCAAGAACAUCACUCGCGGCUUUACACCACGUGUGCAAACACCAACACUCAGCCCCUCACAGACAGCAGAGCAAUCUACAGAAUCAAACAAUGUCCGGUAUUUUGGAAAUUCUUAUCUGGAAUUUGAAGGGAUUGACCUCAGCGCAUUCAACGUCACCUUGAAAUUUCAAACUCAAGUCAACCAUGGAACUAUUAUUUAUGUGGGCCAAGGACCAACUGAGAAAAAUUUUAUUUCCAUGGAACUCUUUGUCAUGGAUGGAAUGUUGCAGUAUGCCUUUUACUGCAAUCAAGAGGAUGAUGUGACAUGGAUUAACACUCAAAUUUAUGUCGAUGAUGGCAAAGUACACAUCGUCAACAUCAGACAGAACCUGGCUCCUUGUGAGGCUGAAAUAACUCUUUCCAGACAUGGGAGAAUCAAAAGCGCAGCAAGUAAUUAUGGUUUGAGACCUAUAAUACAUGGAAUAAACCACAUCUUCACAGGUGGUGUUCCGCAACGAUACUCCACCAUUCAGAGGGCAAAGCCUUUCUUCAACUUUACUGGCUGCAUUGAAAUUGUUGAAUUUAAUAAAGUCAGCCGUUUGAGCACAUCUGAUGCCAUCGCCAGCAGCAAUAUAGGAACAUGCAGUGUUAACGCUACCGGAACUCCUACUCAAGCACCAAAAUCCUCCCAGCAUGAAGCUUGUGGUGAUGGCGUUUGUCUCAAUGGGGGAUCGUGUCAUGAGCUGCAACAACAAGACAAAAAUGUGCCUCCCUGCCAGUGCCCGCUUCAUUUUACUGGAACAUUUUGUGAAAAAGAUUCUAAAGUGUACAUCCCAUCUUUUGAUGGUUCCUCUUAUUUGCAGCUGCAACCUCUUACAUCUAUUCUCCAUACCUCUGACACCAGUAAUAAUGUACCUCCUACUGUCAAGGACACUACUGUUAUUCUCCAUUUGACUGUGAAAACUCGAUCUACGCAAGGCACCAUCCUCUACACUGAGGAGCAGACAUUUGGUGGCACCUUCCUUCACGUGUUCCUUCAAGAUGGAAAUCCCGUUGCUGAGCUUGGAUGUGGUGGUAAACAUGUUCUCAACGUGGCCGCCAGUCAGACCAUCAACAAUAACAAAUGGACGCAAAUGACAAUUCGAUACAAUCUGCCUAACGGCAGACAAGCAGGGUCAUGUAUGAUUGAAAUAGCGGUAGAUAAUGGCUCGGCCCAGCGUCUCCAGGAGCACGUGUCACUGCCCCUCACAGAGAGAACAUUUGGGCCCAUUUUUCUUGGGCUUGUUUCCACCCAUUGGGAAUUGCACGUCGGGUUUGCAAAAGGAGCGAGAUUUAUUGGAUGCAUCCAGCAACUUCAGGUCAACUCAAAGGACGUUUCUUUGGUGGGUGAGACCGUGAGAGGGAGAAACAUCAAGAAUUGUGACCCACCUGUUUGCCAGCACCUUCCUUGUUUGAAUGGAGGGACCUGUGUCAGUGAUGCAGAGGACUGGUUCUGCGAGUGUCCCCCGCUUUACACAGGCCAGCUGUGCCAGUUUAUGACUUGUGACCGCAACCCCUGCAGUCACGGAGCUACGUGCAUUCCAAAGUCACCACUCGAGGCAAUAUGUCUUUGCCCUUAUGGAAAACGAGGCCUACUCUGUGAUGAAGCAAUCAGCAUCACACGUACCAGAUUCAGUGGCACAGAUGCGUUUGGCUACACAUCUUUCGCAGCCUUCACGAACAUUCCGAGCCUCAAUUUUUUCUACGAGUUCCAGUUUAAGUUCACACUGGCCAAUAACUCCUCUGCCGUGAAAGACAACCUGAUUUUGUUCGCUGGGAAAAAAGGACAAGGCACCGAUGGUGACGACUUUCUUGUCUUGGGCUUGCGGAAGGGAAGAGUUCUUCAUAGAUUCAACCUUGGCUCAGGUAUAGCAACAAUCGUCUCGGAUCGACUGAAUCUUCACAUGGACGUCCAGACGGUCACGUUUGGAAGGACCAAUAAAACAGGAUGGUUGAAGGUUGAUGGACAAAGGACCAGAACAGGCUCGUCUCCAGGACCUCUGCAGGGCCUCAGUGCUGUCAAGCUACUCUUUGUAGGCGGCUAUAAUGAGUACACCCCUGACCUGCUGCCACUUGGCUCCAGGUUCCGUCAAGGCUUUCAGGGGUGCAUUUUUGACAUGUACUUUCGAACAAGAAGAAACGGAGCGGUCCAAGUCCUGGAGCGACCAGCCUUUGGGCGAAGCGUGGGUCAGUGUGGGGUCAACGUGUGUGUUCAUGUUCAUUGCAGGAAUGGAGGAACAUGUGUGGACUCUGGUUCAACCGUGUUUUGCCACUGCCCUUUAGGAUGGAAGGGAGCGCUGUGUUCGGAGACAGUGUCGGUUUGCGAUGCCGCGCACACGCCCCCGCCUAUGUGUGCCCAUGGCUCCACCUGCAUCCCUCUUCCAAAUGGAUAUACCUGUCAGUGCCCCCUGGGAACAGCGGGACUCCACUGCGAGAAAGCUGUGAGCAUCAGUGAUCCAUUCUUCAGUGGAAAGCACUCCUGGAUGUCAUUCCCCCCAAUGAAGAUGAGACACAGGACAGUUUUACAGAUGCAGUUCCAACCUUUAUCACCUGAUGGCAUCCUCGUCUAUGUUGCGCAGCAUCUUGGAGACAGAGCUGGAGACUUCCUUUGUCUCUCUUUGACAUCAAGCUUUGUACAGCUAAGGUACAACCUAGGGGAUGGUCCCCACAUCCUGCAGACUGUAACUACAGUAGACCUGCAUGCAAGAAACUGGCACACAGUCAAGGCGGGCCGGAUCGGUCAGCGCGGCUUCCUAAUUCUGGACGGCAAGGAGGUCAAAAAUAAUGCAAGCAAUGGAAUGAGCACGCUGGACGUUGCCACUAACAUCUUUAUCGGGGGCGUCUCCUCUCUGAGCUCUUUGGGUGCGGAUGCCCUCGAAGGGGAACCAAUGGGCUUCACCGGCAGUAUCAGGGAAGUGAUUAUAAAUGGACUUGAAUUGGAGUUGACGGAAAAAGGGGCUCUGAGAGGUGCAAAUGUUGGGGACCGGGAUGGGACCGCCUGCGGGUAUAAGGUGUGCCACAAUAAAGGUCAAUGCAGGGCAACAGGAAGCAACUCUGCCACAUGUGACUGCCCAGCAUCAUGGGGCGGCCCAACAUGUAAUCAGUCUUUAAGUUGUGUCAACAACAUCUGCAAACGUGGUUCCAUAUGCGUGCCUGUUAGUGGGACAUCAUACUUAUGCAUUUGCCCCAUCGGAUGGGGAGGAAAAUACUGCACUAGAGAGGUACCAACUGACACUUUAAAGUUUGUGGGACACUCCUAUGUUAAAUAUGUAGAUCUGAAAUACAACAGGAGAAACUUAAGAUUCAUUAGGCUUUCUUUUAUCUUCCUCACCAACACAAGUGACAGUUUGAUAAUGUGGAUGGGAAAGGGGGGACAUGAAGACGAUGACUUCCUGGCAGUGGGACUAGAGAAUGGAAACCUGAAAUUUGCAAUUAAUCUCGGGGAGAGGAUUUCCCUCCCGGUGACUUCAAAAAGUCAGAUGCUGUGCUGCAACAAAUGGUAUCACGUCUCCAUUUUAGUAAACGGCACUGUGAUUCAAGUCCAUUUGAACAACGAGAGAAUCAUUCUUGAGGAUGUGGAUCCACUUGGGAAAUACGUAGCAUUGAACUAUGGGGGGCAGCUCUACUUUGGGGGAUUUGAAAUGCACACAAAUAUAUCUGUCGUGACAUCGGGGUUGUUUUCAAGAGGCUUUGAAGGAAAACUCAGAAAUGUUUAUUUGUUUGACGAGCGCCUCGUGUUUUUAAAAAACAGCGAGGGCUUUAAUGUUCAUAACGGCAAUGCGUAGCGGGAGAGAAAAUGCAUUGGAUGAGAAAGUUAAACACUCUAAAUUUUGAACAAUUUGAAGUUUUCUAGGAAAAGGAAUAUUCAUAAGAUCUGAGUAUUUGAAGGAAUAUAUGGCGGAAAACACAGACAAGGCUGAAAAAGCAGUUUCUGCUCUUGCCCCCCUCUUUAAAAUACACUGCUGUAUUUUAAGUCAAAAGAACUGCUGUGUUUGAUAGAACAAUAUGUCUAUAUGCUACCAUAGCAUUUUCAUGGCGCAUUAGGCCCCCGAACUAUUUUUAAUUUGUCCGUUUUACCCCGUUUACAGACACCGCGCAACCGCUUUUGUUUCAAUCCAGCCAUAAAAAAAAAGCUAAGUGAUUACCAGUAUAUUUAUUAUUCUAAAUUUCUUUCAUUUCAUAAUUUAACCAUUAAUUGAUCUCUAAUAUUUAGUUUUUAAAAAAUGACUUUAAAAAUUUUUUCACUCCCAAAUUUUAAACUUUUAAACAAAAUACGUCACAAUGAAAAAAAUAGUGUCUGUAAAUAUAAGUAACGGAUAUCAACCUUAUUACUAUCGCUUAAUUGUUUUUUUUUUUUUUUACUCUCGCAUUUUCCCUGAUAUUUUAGAUGAUAAAUAAUCGAUCCAAACAAAGAAAAAUGGAAAAAAAUAAUGUUUAUAAGAGUAAAUAUCUGAAAAAGAAAAUCACGACCACUCCUUGAUGUCUGCAUGUUUGCAAGUUCUGAAUCGCUACCCUUGUUAUAUUACCAUGUUUCACCCAUAAAAUCCCCCCAAAAUCCGACUGUGGCCAUUCACAGCUGUGUUUUGACACUCCAUGAUACAUGCUACAUGGAGUUCUUGGAUCGAAACAAGGUAAGAAUACGAUAAUAUCUCGUUAAAAUCAUGGCGUCUUUAAUUAUCCUCUCUCGUGCUCUCACUUACAGUUAGGGUUUCGCUGUUUUAAAAAAAAAUCUUUUUUUUUCCCCCUCCUAAACUUUCCAAUGAUGUAUCACACAUGCAUAUAGAGCAAUUUUGAAAUUUGACCAA